AUGGAACUUCAAGAAAAGCAUUUUGAUUUUUUCUCUCAACUUCCUACCGAGCUAAGACUUCUCAUCUGGCGUCUGUGCCUCCCCAACCGUGUCCCGGAAUUAGACUAUCCAUGGGUGCGAAGUGUAGACUUCGACCCCUUGCACCCGACAUGUCGAUUGAUGCAUACGACUGACCUCGACCGGAAAGCACCAGUGCUUACUCGUGUGUGUCAUGAAUCUCGCUUGGUCGCUUUCGAAACCGGUGGUUAUCGGGAUCAUGCGCGUUCUGAGCUAUGGAAUUCUAAUCUCUUAGUGAGAAAGAAAUCAUGGCUCGAUCCCCGUCGAGAUACGAUUGACUUAAACUGGACUCCUAGCGAUCCUGCUGGGUACAAUGGACCAGGAAGUGCUCUUGAUUAUCUAGCAUGGAAGGCGACUGAAGCUCGCCGAGGUUCCUUUAUGUUCGACUAUCUUGGUCCAUACUUCGAUGGAGAAGGAGUCAGUCUUGACGAGCGGAUUGGAGUCGUGCAGAAACUACAAAACGCAUUUGUUGUAAUGAAAAUCGUUGUAGUGCAUACUACAGUCCAAAUUGUGACGAAGUCGGGCUUAUUCGGACUUCUCGGUGACGCCUUUGUUCAACUGAUCGAUGUGACUGACGAAUCGAGACUCGACGCCCUCUUCAAGUUCGCCGAGGAGUGUGAAUCCGACACCACCGGGCCCAUUGCUUGCAAGCAAGACUUUUGCAGAAAAUCUGCGGAUUCAUAUUCCAAAACGCUGAAAGAAAAGCUUGCGAGCACCUUGGGUCAGAGCUUGUCUUUGUCUUUGCGACCGGCCAUCAUGUUCAGAUUUUGUCCUCACUUUUGCAACCAUAGUAGUCUCCAUCGAUGGAAAUUGUUCUAUGAAUCGAAGCGAUAA